UCGAUACAAUCCGGUUAGGGUAUUAAUUAGGGUUUCAUUCAACAAAGUUUUCAGCUUCACUAGAGAAGAAACAAUCACUUCCUUUUACUCCGCCGAUCCCCACCUGCUUCGCUCACCGUCUCGCCGGCGUUUCACAGAGAGAAGGAGGAAGAAGAAUGGAUUCGAGACCCAGUGGACCAGCGAUGUUGACGGCGGAGGAGCAAGCCGUUUUAAACGAAGGAAUCGGUUUGAUACUUUCACGGUGGACUGCCAUGCGUGCCGCCGUCGAUAACGGCUGGGGCGGCCGAGAUUCUCAUCAGAAAGCCGAACGCACCGUUUCCAAUGUUCUUCAUUACUUCAUCCAUCUGAAAGAUCCAACGAUGGGUUUUGAUGGGUUAGCUGAUAUUCUAGAGAAUGGUCUUCAUGAGCUUAACACUGUGGCUGAUGAUGGAAGCCUCGAGGAGGUGACAGAGACGUUGCUAGAUUUGUAUUAUGAAUGCCUUGAAGGCAACUACCAAAGGGUUGAGACACUGAGGGUAACUAGUUCUCAGACUAGUGCAAGAGUUGUCAAGGUUUCAAACGGUAACGAUGAGGAUGAUGAGGAAAGCGAUGAUGAAAAUGAGGAGGAUACAGACAUGAUGGUGGAUGCAUCUGAGCAAUCCUCAAACCGGUUACCAGAAGCCAUGCCGGUUGAUGAACCAAAAGCUGAUGAUGGCUGGACGGUAGUUCCAAGUAGAAAAAACAAGGGCAAGAGGAACUAAACGGUUUUAGGUUCCAAUGGUGUUGUGUAAUAUCUCAACAGUUUUGGUUUGUUUUGUUUUAUUACUUAAAUAAAUACUAUUUUGAUUGUUACUCUUUUAACUUUUUAAACAACAUCAGAAGGUUGUGUUACUGUUUUUAUACAUACUAAUCUGCUUUGGAUUCUCAUUCA